CGAGUUUUAAAGCCUCAGAGCGGAUACAUGAGUAUGUGCAACCCUAAAGGAUGUGGUCUGGUGUGAGAUGAGGAAGAAGUGCACUGAACUCUGACGAGCUCCAUGCAAAGAACUCGUAUGUUACUGAAACAGAAAAGACUGCUGUGAAUUUGGAUGUCAACCCUUGUAUUUUGAGAGUGUGUGAUGUUUCUGUAAAGAUGCAUUGAAGACAAAAGAUGGACGUGGAGGAGACCGGUGAAACAAGGACUUCCUGGUCUGCAGAGACACAGUCCAUCCCCUGUGACCAUGCUGGGAAGAAGAGAAAACAAGACCCUGAGCCUGUUAUCAGAAUCAUAGAGGAUGAAGAGGAGGAUGAGGAGGCGGAGAUGUCUGACCACAUGAGGGAUUCAGAGGAGCCCAGUAAUAAAAGGGUCAAACCUGUGGUUAAGUCCAACAGCCUAACAGGUGUCAUAACCCCGGUGAAGACCCCUGCUCUGAAACGCUUUGGACUGUCCAUUUCGCGGUCCAUAAGUUUCCGCACAGAGGCUCGACCUUUGCCCCCGGCGCCCCUGCGCGCUCGCACGAAGGCCUCGUCGUUUCCACGCCGACGCAACAGCCAAUGUUGGAGUGAUACUGUGGAGAGUCAUGACCUCACUGCAAAGGAGAUCAAACGACAAGAGGUGAUCUAUGAGCUGACUCAGGGUGAGAAACAACUCAUUGAGGACCUCAGUCUGGUCAAGAAGGUGUACUAUGAGCCCAUGCUGAAGUUGGACAUCCUGACAGAGAGUGAGCUUGGACAGAUCUUUGGUACACUGGACUCUCUCAUUCCUCUCCAUCAAGAUCUUCUGUUUCGUCUUGAGCGGCUGAGGGGAUUAGAGAAAACAGUCGGAGAGGUGGGGCCUACUCUGAUGAACUGGUUUCCUUGCCUGGAGGCCUACGUUACAUACUGCUGUAACCAGGUGUGGGCCAAAGCGCUGCUGGACCAGAAAAAGAACGAGAAAAAAGUGGAGCACUUCCUGCGCUUGUGUCAGGAGUCUUCUUUUAGUAGGAAACUGGACCUGUGGAACUUCCUGGAUCUCCCUCGGAGCCGUUUGGUCAAAUACCCCCUCCUGUUGAAAGAGAUACAGAAGUGCACGCCUCCAGAGCACCCAGAUGAAGACACGUUGUCUGAUGCUUUGGAGCUGAUCCACAGCAUUGUGGCAGAGGUGAACAAGAAGACAGGAGAGGCGGAGUGUCAGUUCUACAGGCGGGGUCUCAUCUACCUCGAAGAGAGUCAGAGACUGCCAGAAAUCCAGCUGUCGCGCUUCCUCUACUGCCACGGAGAGCUCAAGAACACCAAGGGCCAGCGGCUGCAUGUAUUCCUGUUUGAGCUGGCGUUGGUGCUGACCAGGCCGGGGGAGGACAGAGACGGAGGACAGCUAUUCCAUGUGUACAGACAGCCUCUGCCCAACAACUUGAUAAAUCUGGAGGAGAUCCCAGAUGGGGAGGCUGGUGGAGGGGGCACCUUCAGGGGAGCCUUCACUGGAGGAAAUGAUAAAGUGAAGAACUGUUUCCGUGUGAGCAGCAGAGGGCGCUCCAAAGCUCACCCAUACAGCCUGCAAGCCAACGACUCCUUCAGCAAGCAGCAGUGGAUCACUUGUCUGCGCCAAGCGAUUGUCCGGUCACGGGACAGAAGCGCUCACCCCAUCCAGUCGCAGCUCUCCCCUCUCCCUGAUCCCGCCCUGUAUCACAUAGCCGAUCUCAGCCUCAGCUCAGACACAGAAAUGGCAGACCACACCAGUCGCUGACUGAUGAUCAGCAGGCCUGGGGAGUGUCUAUGGAUCUGUACAUUGACAUUGGAGAGAAUAAAAUAUGGACUGUUUGUGAAAAGAUGAUUGCGCUUGCUUACACGUAGAAUUUCCUAUAUGGAUUUAGUCAUUUCCUCCUUUUGCUGAUGGAUUGUGUGAUUGUGGGGAUGUUAACUGUACAGCUAGAGAACAGUAUUACUGAAUGUGAAUUUACGGUGUAUGUAAUGUAUUUUCGUUUUAUUUUAUUUUAUUUUUU